AACAAAAGUGGAGUGCGAAGAGAGCCGUAAUCAAUAAUAAACAAGAUGAACCGCGAAACGACUACCGGUUUGAUUACUGGAACAGCCGCUUUUUACGGCACUCAAGCAUUUUUGGGUAGUGCGCUGACUGCGCUGAAAGUUGGUCCACUGGCUGCCUUGGCCGUCACUGCCGUGGAGAGUGUGGCAACUGUUGGUGUGGCCGCGGGGCUCGCUGUUCCGGUUGCUGUGGGAUUGGCUCCCAUUGCCAUUGCCACUGCUGGUGGCGCAGCUGUUUUUGCAGUAACGGCGCCACGUACAACUGCGAAAAUUGCCACGAAAACAGUCGGCACGCUUUUUAAGCCGAUAGCGUGGGGCGCUAGUGCAGUUGUCAGCGCAUUGACUUCUAAAAACAACGAACACACUGCUAGAAGAAAAACAAAUGAUGAUGAGUCAAAGAAGCGGUAUAAAGCUGAUUCUAAUAACCAAAGUUCUGAAUCCUACGAACGUACAGAAAGCACUUCUAAUGAAGAAAACGGCGAAGUCGAUGGUGACGCAGGGAAUGGCGAUGAGUCUGACGAGGGUUCCAAUAGUGACUCCGACUCCGAUACCAGUUCUGAAUCCACGGAAAGUUCAUCAAGCUCAGAAGAUGAGGAAGAGAAACAUAAGCAAAAAUCUAAAACCAAAGGUUCAAAGAAGAAACCACCCUCCCGAGUUGAACAUUAUAAUGAUUCAAUUUCGUCGGAAUCGACCGAAACUUACUUACCCAAAACUGGAAUGUCUGAACUAAGUUUAAAGCGAACUUCGCAAAACAUUAAAAACACAGUGAACGGAAGCUAUCAUUUGGUUCGUCGUUUGACACGAUUUCUUCGCAUUGCGGGAAUAGUAACAUACAUUGUAGGUAAUUUUAACAUCCCAAAAACGAACAUUUUCCAGUCUGGUCCUUCAAAAACUAAAGACCGGGUAUGCAAAAAAAUUCCAGACCAUCACGCUGCCCACGUUGUUCAAUUACAAGUGGUUCCGUCUGUGCUAGAGUGUAAUCCUUUAAUAUACAAAAUCUUGCGUAAAUGUUUGGGCCAUACGCACUUUGUGCACAAAAUUUUCAACCUUUGUAUUGGCAAACGAAUUGACACGCUACAAGGCAAAUUACUAAAAGCUCUUCUUUCCAUUGACUGGCAUAACGAAACGGCAGAUAAUAUAUCAUCUGCUGCGGUAACAGUAUUGCAAAUGAUUAGAGAUUUAUGGAUUGAAUUAAUAACUCAAGAAAUGAGUAACUUAAAUUAUACCACAGAUCAAAGACGCGAGUUGAGUAUUGCCUGCCAAUUUAUUUCAAAUAUGACCAUAACGGAACUGUUUGAAAAGGUUAUAGCAGGAUUGGAUUAUAUGAUUGAUCAAAUGAGAAAACAAAAUAAGCAAAUGUAGAAAACCUGAAUUCGUCCGAGACGGUUGGCUUAGCAGUCACCUAAAACGAUUGUUUUAUUCAUUUCGGAGAUUCUAAGCGCCUGGACAACAACAACAGCACAACGCAGGGAAUUCGAAGUCAGUCUCUAUUAUUGGAUUUUUAUGAAUAAAUAUCAUAUUUCCUUAAGCAAGUAUUAGCCGAGUGCAUGGAUACUAAACAUGUUUUAAAUCGAAAAUGGACGAAAAAUUAUUGUUGCAAAUUUCAUAAGUCAUAUUUUAAAUGAGAAUAAUUAAGAAAAAGAUUUAUAAAACGUUUUACCGUUGAAAUUGCAUUUAAAGGUACCAAUCAAAUCCGUGUGUUUUCAAUUCAGAAUGUCUAAACACUUUCUCAAGCAUUUUUAUGGAUAAAAAAAAAUCAAUUUUUUUAUUGAUUUUAAGCCUUGUACAAAGUUACUUCUUCCCGAGCAGACGGAAAUAACUUGGGAAUAACAUUUUCUGAUAUUUGGAAAUACUAGGCCAAUAACAUUGUAUGU